CUAUUUUGUACUACUGGUUCCAUAGACCAAUUUUGACAAGAGAAGUCAUGGCGCCUUCUUUUUGUAGUUUGGUAUUUCUCCUAUUUCUGACAGACUAUUGCUUUUCGCUUUGUCCUCAUCAAGAUAGGCAUCUCCAUCUAAAACAUUGGUCAAACGUUCAUACAUGGCCUCAUGGAAAGCCAAAGCAACAUUCACCUGUGGUUAUAUCUUCAAAUGUACUAUUAGAUGAACAGCCUCCUGAUCUUCAUAGUAUUAACAUUACAUCUACUGGAAGACUAGUGUGGAGUCCACAUGCUAAUAUCACAUUGCGUACAAAAUUCAUUUACAUAAAUGGAAGACUGGAUAUCGGGUCUGAAGUGUGUCCAUUCACUGGGACUGCCAAGAUUAUACUUACAGGCCGCAGAGGUGAAUUCAAUUUCCGGGAUCAUAUGAACAUGGUUAUAGGGGAUAAAGUAAUUGUUGUUGCUGAAGGAGGUACAAUAGAAAUCCAUGGACAACCUAAGUUACCAUGGACAAAAUUGACUAAAACAGUUCCAGUCUUGUCAAAGAAAACUGGCAUCAUAUUUGACCAUAUUGAUAGUGGAAAUUUAGAAAAUCAGAAAUACGAGAACGGAAUCAUUGCUUACAUUCUACGAAUUGAUUCACACAACAAAGUAACUGUUAAGGAAUAUGGAAGUUAUGAACUAAUCUCCACGUGGCAAGCAGCACAAGAAAAAUCAAGAUUUAUAAAUAUGAUCAAAAAUAUGAGCAUGGGAGAUAUUUUAGCUUUAGGUAUACAUUAUAAUCUUAAUGUUGACAACGGUAAUAUCGAUGAUGUGUACGAUGCCUUUGAAGUAUUAACAACUGGUCACGUGACUGGUAAAAGUGUUAUAAGAGGCAUUCGUAACCAUGAUGCUUAUUCAGCUAUUGUUUAUAAAGAAACCGGAGGACAAACUAAAUUCGUUGAGGACGUAACAAGAUUUCGUUAUAACGGUGACACCAUGUUGUCUAGAUCUGCUCUGCUACCGGAAGAGACAUCAACUAAGGUAUCUGUAGAAAGUUAUGUUGACCAAAAACAUUCCUGGCUCAGCUAUCUUAAUUUAAGGGUUUCAACUAUUGAUGGUGCAUUCCCGAAAUUGGAUGUGAUUGACGAUACCAGCACUUGGAUGCAAGGUGACAAAGUAGUGCUCACAUCUACAGACUAUGACUGGAAACAAGCUGAAGAAGCAACCAUCGUGCACUGUUCUGAUUGCUCUAAUAAACAAAUUAGAGUAGAUCUUGAAACAAAAUAUGAGCAUUGGGGAACUAUGAUAAACAGAGUAGACGAACGGGGAGAAGUGGUAUUGUUGACGAGAAAUAUUGUAAUAGAAGGAGAGGUGGAAGAUACGUGCGUACAGAGCAAUGGUAAUUGCCACAAAUAUAAAAGCGACACUUUUGGCGGACAUUUUAAGUUUCUACGUGGAUCAACUGUGCACAUAGAAGGAGCGGAAUUGUAUCAUAUGGGGCAACAAACUGAUGUCGGGCGAUAUCCCCUACAUUUUCACAUGGGUUUUGAUAUGAGAAAUAUGACACAUCCGCCUUACAUUAGAGAAAAUUCCAUUCAUCAUUCAUUCUCCCGCUGUGUCACUGUUCAUGGAACACAUGGCGUAAUGGUUAAAGACAACGUUUGUUAUGACACAAAAGGUCAUGCUUUCUUCAUAGAAGAUGGAGGAGAACAUGAUACAACUUUUGAUGGAAAUUUGGCUGCAAGUGUGCGAAAAGGCUCCCUUAUUCCUUCAGAUCAAAAACCUGCUUGUUUCUGGAUAACUAGUCCGUUAACAAAAAUGAGGAACAACGUAGCUGCCGGGGGAGCGGGGCAUGGAAUAUGGUACAUUUACCCAGUUGAACCUAUUGGACCAUCUAAAGGUCUCGGAUUUUUCAAACCACACGAAGCUGAUAGAACUCCUAUAUCUGAAUUUGACAACAAUGUCGUACAUUCACAGGGAUUGACUGGUUUGUUCGUAGAUCAUCGUUUGAUGCCCGAUGGCAGUGCUGACCAAAACAAUGCCUACCUGCCUAAAGCGAACCCACUUGAUGAAAAAUCUAAAGACGUUGAAGUAAAACUCUUCCGAUUAACUGCAUACAAGAAUGUUAUACAAAAUGCGUGGCUUCGAGGUGGAUGGUUCCAUAUUACACAAUCAUCAUUUGCGGACAGUCAAAAAUCUCUUCAAUAUGCAAGAUCAACGAAUCAAAAUCAAUUUGUUUCCAAUAGCUUAAUGAUAGGUUUGUCUGAAAACCUAGGUAAACCAUCAGUAAACUGGACCCGUUCUCUCCCAGUGUGGUAUGACAUACAUGCGCCAUUACAAGGAUUUGUUUUCUACGAUGGACCUGUGUAUGGUGAGAAUAUAUGGUUUGAUGGUUUUAUUUCAACAAAGCUGUAUACAGCAGGGGCAUUGUGUUACGACAGACUAAAUGUUUUCAGCAGUUCAUCUGUCAGUAAUAUCAGAAACGCUAAGUUCGGAUUCGUUGAUGGUCCAACAACUGGUAACCGUGUGUUUGACGGUGAUGUUGGAAUGCAUGGUUAUGCGAGGAAGGACGGUGAUAAAGUAGCUACCAACAGAGACUACGACGGUUCGGUCACAGGUAACAAAAUGGCCCAAGUUGUAAAACCAUGGCCAUUUUACGUAACACCACAAUGUACAUAUAGACAAAAUUGGGGAAUGGCUAUUUGUCCCAACACUUACGGAAAGCUGAGGCUGAGUAUGGAACGUAAGUAUAGAAACCAUACAUUUCCGAUUAUGGUACGUGAUGAUCUGCCAUUAAUUAACGAGACAUUAGACGCCAUAGAGUCAGCUGACUUCCUGGUUAUACUUGGAGGGAGUAAAACAUACAGCCUACAUUGGACACAUGUUAUACCCACAACUCUAUCUAUCUUUAGUGAUGGCAUUGAAAGAGACAAGAAUGUUCGUUUCGGGAUUUGUCUACCUUUAGGAGCAAGGUUUGACUUGUAUACGUAUUCGCCAAAAUAUCUGCCGGAUAUCUCUCGUUGGGCAAUCGCUUCAUCUCUUCAUGAGCUUGAUAUGAACAAAGACGGGACAAAAUACUAUCAUGACACCAAAACAGGAAUGUUGUAUUUCAACUUCGUCAAUGAACAUGUUAGACACACUAAUGAUACAAACCCAUGUCCAGGGAAUUGUCCGAUGGUAACAAUCAAAAUUCUCCAUGGUAACUUGAACGAUGCUGAUUGUAGGUCAAGGUUAUAUCAUACCGUUAAACAUGGAGAUAAUAGAGCGAUAACAAUUCCCCACAACAAUCAGCAUUUUGGUGCGACAAGCAGGCAUCCUCCUCCGACAUGGGGUGCAGGACCAACAAAACCUUUCAUCAAUCGUAUUCCGGUAGACGGUGACUGGGGUUUAUGGACACAGUGGAGCUCGUGCUCAAAAACAUGUGGCGGUGGUCAACAGGAACGGACGCGGGCAUGUGACUUCCCAAGGCCAGCACAUGGAGGUCAUAACUGCCACGGAGACGUAAGGGGGCAGCGUUCGUGUAACAGUCUUCAUUGUCCGGUGGAUGGAGGUUUUUCUCUUUGGUCUCAAUGGUCUACUUGUAUGAAAUCAAGUGGUUGUCAGGGUUACAAGAAACGCAUGCGCACUUGCACAUCACCAUCACCGGAUUAUGGCGGUCUUUAUUGUCAUGGAUCAGAUGACGAAGUAGAGACAUGUAUCACGUGUUAAUAAACGUGCGAUUAAUUUUAAUUAAGCAUUGAAUUUCCUUAACUGAUUAAAAUAAAGUAUUUGU